CACCGUCCAUGCGCACGGACCACCGCGGCAGUCUCAAGUUGACGAGAUACGAUAAUUGCGAAAAUUCUUAACCUAAUAAAUAAUUCUCUUUUAAAUAAACAGUGCAAUCACAUAAAAUCCAAUAGUCAGUGAAAAAUAAUUGAUUGAAGAGAAUUUAGCGUGUGGAUUUUGGUCCUGACCUUCAAAAACACUUCGAUUGGAUCUCUGAAACGGGAAUGGGAGUAGCAGAUACAUUGAAUUAUGUUCUGCUUUCUAAUCCCGUCAGCUCGAGUGCCGGUUCGUCUGCGAAAACUGCUGCAUCAGCUUCCCACCAGUGCCGAACAGCUGCAGAGUGGGGAUGAAAUGGAGAUGAGGGGAAGGUGAUAGUGACCGCCGCGCUGUCUCGUGCCGCCUGAGAGAACUUGUCCCCUGUUUUUGGCUUGACAAUACAAGUUAAAUUUAUUACAGGUUAAAUGUGUUCUUCGAGUCAAAUUGUCAGAAGAUAAGUAUUAUUUUUAUUCUUAUAAUAUUUAAAAAUACGAUAUGAGAAUGUGAAUUCAUUCCUCCCCAAAGGAGAUUUCUAUGCUUUGUGUUUUUUAUUUUUCCUAGACUGGCUACCCUGAUUUGACAUGUAUUUAUUUAUUAUUAUUAUUAUCAUUAUAUCACUGCUGAGCUGACGCUUUUCAUAACCCUGAAAACGAGUGCCAGUCUUUAAAAAUAAUAAAUCAUUUUUUUUAUUGAAAUUUAGAAAUCAUUUCGAAUCCUGGAAUAAUCUGAAUUCUCUGGAAUUAUUUUCAACUUCAAAAAUGGUGAAAAUCGCUUUGAAGAUCAGAGCAAAUCUUGAGAAUAUCCAGGAGUUGAGACCCUGUGGUGCAGAUUUUCGAUGGUGUUUGAAAUUCACGUGUUCAAAUUGCGGAGAAAAAUCCGACAAGUGGAACUACAUUUCCCUGAGCGACGAAAUAACAGCUGAUCAUGGACGAGACGUUAUUAAUUUCUCCUGCAAGUGUAAAUUAUGCUCUCGGGUGAACACCAUGACGAUCAUGGGGGAUUCGUUGGGAUUUUAUGAUGUGGACGACCAGGGGAAGCUGAAGAAAAUAGUGAUUUUUGAUUGCAGAGGUCUGGAGCCCUCGGAUUUUUCACCUAGGGAGGGCUGGAUUGCAAAAGCUAUCGACGAUGGAAAAGAAUUCAGAGAUGUGGAUUUGAGUGAAGGAGAGUGGGCGGAUUAUUGUGAUAAGAUUAAACAACCAGUGGGGAUUUAUGAUAUUGAACACAAUUUUGAGAGGAUCAAGUGAAGGAACUGAUGAUUAUGGGAACUAAAUGUUCCGUGAUAUUUUUUUGUUAACAACGACAUAAUAUAAUUUAUUAAUCAUUAAUCAUAUACAAAAGAAACAUUUUUAGGUAAUUGGAUAAAUGGCACGAGGACAAAUACAACGGAUAUUGUCAUCGGCAAUAAUCAAUGUUAUCUCCGCCAUUAAAUCUCAAGUACCAUUUUUUAAUUAUCAUUAUAUCUACCCUGCACAGUCCAUCGGAUGACUAGAGACAAAUCCGAGCAGGGGAACAUUUUAAAAAAUUGACAAAUUAUACGAAUCAAUCGAUAUCUUGGUUAAAUCAAUCUUUCUUCAUUCCCUGGAAUGUAUUGAGUCAAUCAACAAAUCAACAAAUGGCCGUCACAUUUCAUGAACAAAAAUACAACUUAUUGUAUUAGCUAAUUAUGAAAUUAUCAAAUGAAUUAUUUACAGUGCUCGAGUAUUGAGAAUAAUGUCUAAUUGUUUAAUCAAGUAGAUAAAGCUUUUCCUGCAUUUUUCAAAAAUUCAUUCACUUAUCAUUAACUGACAAUCACAAGGUUUUGAGAAAAUAUCCAGUGAGGGUAGCCUACGGUAAAAAUUAAGUACUACAUGAUUUUUUCGUGAGUCUACAACUCGUUCAUGUUUCAUCUAACACUAUAUUUCAUUUUCUAAAUUUUCAUCAACUAGUGGCUAGUUACUAUCACCUAACGUUAAAUAAAUAUCCAAAAUGUGCGCAAUGACGAUUUUUGGAGAUUAAUGAGAUUAAUGAUUUGAAAAAAUGAUGAA